CAUUAUUGCUCUGCGCAUCCAAGCCAAGCGCACGAGUCCGAAAGCAAUACAAGAUGAUGUCAAUCGACAGGCGCACCCUCGUUCCGAAUCCAGAGAGAGAGAGCGCGCGCGCCGUGUAAGCACAUAGCUGCGCGUGGGGAAGUUUAGUAUACCUCAUAUAAUAACUGUGUUAUUGAACGGAGUCAAUUCCAGAAAUUCUCGCCUACUUCGCUAGAUUUAUUUUAUUUUAUUGGUGUUGGGGAAUAAAACUGUCUCACUUAACGUUCGCCUUUUUCGUUUUUCUUUAGUCCGCCUGCGCUCUUGGAUCUUUUUGGAGAUGUCUGAGUUUAACCACUCAAAUCUAUCAGGCGGAAACGCUCCAGACCCGGACUACAAGUGGACAUAUGAGUAUUACGACGAUGAUGAGCCUGUUUCGUUCGAGGGACUCAAAGCGCACCGAUACUCCAUCGUGAUAGGCUUCUGGGUGGGCCUGGCUGUCUUUGUCAUCUUCAUGUUCUUUGUCCUGACGCUUCUCACCAAGACAGGAGCUCCACAUCCCGAAGGAGCUGAGCCCUGCAAGAAGCGUGUUCGUCUGACCAGCUGUGUGGAGGACCUCCGCCCCCCUGCAGACCCUGACAACCGGCCCUGCCUCCAACUGGACUCCUCUCUCAGCCGCUCCCUCUUCCACUGCUACAUCAAUGAGGAACAGGCCCAGGGGGGGUCCAGGCCUAGAGCUGGAGCAGGAGCUGUGGGAGCACCCAGUGGAGGGCUGGUCCAGGGGCCGGGGCGAGGCAGGUCAGGCAGGUCAGGCAGCCCAGAGGAGGGGGUGGUGGUGGGGAUGGAAGUAGGUGUCAGCCGUGCCCUGCAAGGGGCUGCCAUGUUGGGGGGGAACCGGACUGACCACAGAGAGGCAAUGUCCCUGUCCCACUUCAACAUCCCUAACGUUGUGGACUCCGAGCACAGCUCCGCCCUGGGGGCGGACGAUCUGCUGCUGGGGGAGCCACCAAUCAUCAUGGAGGGGGAGUGUCAUCGGCCCCACAGCGCACAUCACAUGAUGGACUAAGGUACCCUCUACUUCCUGGGGAACCACCAAUCAUCCUAGAGGGGGAGUGUCAUUCCCAUGGGGUCCAUCACACGAUUGACUGGGGGAACCACCAAUCAUCCUAGAGGGGGAGUGUCAUUGGCCACGUAGCGCCCUUCAGAAGAUGGACUGUCCUGCCCAUCACAUAAUAGACUAUGGUCCUGCUUACUUCUCACACCCACCUCCGUUAGGACAUUAUAGAUAAUUAUGGGGACAUCACAGGACUCACCAGCCUUAUAUAGAGAGUUGUGUCAACCGAAUUCAUGGAGGUUCAAAUAAAUCCUAAUCUAACAUUCUGUGUUGUGCCAGUCAUGUACAGUGCAAGCUCUCCUAAUUAGGCUGUGGUUCCAGCUUCUCACACCACCUCCAUUGUGAGGACAUUCUGGAUUAUUAUGGAUCCUCCUACAGUAACUGUACCUCCUGACAUUUUCAUUCUGUUCAGAUUUGGUUCUAGCUAAAAUACUGUACAGUCAAAAUAUAUAAACAUUCAAUGUUAAUUAACAAUACAGAGUUAAAUAUACAUAUAUGAUAUGCCCUACUUUUCGAAUCUUUAUGUCAACAAGGUUGCCUACGCAGAGCCAGAACUUGUGACGCCACAUCUCAACGCUAAACUGGAAGUCCAGCUUCAUCAAGUUGAUUAGAAUGUUUUUUGUAUUUAACCUUUAUUUAACUAGGAAGUGAGUUAAGAAUAAAAUAUAAUUUACAAUGACAGCCUACCCCGGCCAAAUCCUCCCCUAACCCGGACGACGGUGGGCCAAUUGUGCGCCGCCCUAUGGGACCCCCGAUGACAGCCUGAACCCGGAACUGUAGAGACGCCUCUAGCAGUGCCUUAGACCGCUGCGCCACUCGGUCCCCCCGUAUAGUGGUGGAGGCCUUGCAGGAAUCAGUUAAGGGGAUGGAGACAACAGAAGAGGCAAGGAGAAUUUGAUACAACAACCAAAAUGCACCAGAAAGGCAAGACUCUUCUCUUGGGUUUUCAAUUCAACAGCCGUCUGAAUGUUGUCCUUGUUCAGUACUAAUCGUAGCACACCUGUUCCUCACUAUAAACUGUCAUAGACAUAACUUUUUAUAUACCAUGCUUUGCUCCUGUCAAUGCUUUACCUACAUGUCAUAUCAGCCUCGUCUGCCAAGUCUAUAGAAGGUUGUGACUACAUAAAACUAAACUCAGCAAAGAUAAUUCGUAAAAAUCCAAAUAACUUAAUAGAUAUUCAUUGCAAAGGGUUUCCCAUGCUUGUUCAAUAAACCAUAAACAAUUAAUGAACAUGCACCUGUGGAACGGUCGUUAAGACACUAACAGCUUACAGACGGUAGGCAAUUAAGGUCACAGUUAUGAAAACGUAGGACACUAAAGAGGCCUUUCUACUGACUCUGAAAAACACCAAAAGGAAGAUGCCCAGGGUCCCUGCCUUAGGCAUGCUGCAAGUAGGCAUGAGGACUGCAGAUAUGGCUAGGGCAAUAAAUUGCAAUGUCCGUGAGACGCCUAAGACAGCGCUACAGGGAGACAGGAUGGACAGCUGAUCGUCCUCACAGUGGCAGACCACAUGUAACAAUACCUGCACAGGAUCGGUACAUCCAAACAUCACACCUGCGGGUCAGGUACAGGAUGGCAACAACAACUGCCCGAGUUACACCAGGAAUGCACAAUCCUCCAUCAGUGCUCAGACUGUCCGCAAUAGGCUGAGAGAGGCUGGACUGAGGGAAUGUAGGCCUGUUGUGAGGCAGGUCCUCACCAGACAUCACCGGCAACAACGUCACCUAUGGGCACAAACCCAUCGUCUCUGGACCAGACAGGACUGGAAAAAAGGGCUCUUCACUGACUAGUCUCGGUUUUGUCUCAUCAAGGGUGAUGGUCAUAUUCGCGUUUAUCGUAGAAGGAAUGAGCGUUACACCGAAGCCUGUACUCUGGAGCGGAAUUGAUUUGGAGGUGGAAGGUCCGUCAUGGUCUGGGGCGGUGUGUCACAGCAUCAUCGGACUGAGCUUGUUGUCAUUGCAGGCAAUCUCAACGCUGUGAGUUACAGGGAAGACAUCCUCCUCCCUCAUGUGGUACCCUUCCUGCAGGCUCAUCCUGACAUUACCCUCCAGCAUGACAAUGCCAUCAACCAUACGUCUUAUUCUGUGCGUGAUUUCCUGCAAGACCGGAAUGUCAGUGUUCUGCCAUGGCCAGUGAAGAGCCCGGAUCUCAACCUCAUUGAGCACCUCUGGGAACGGUUGGAUUGGAGGGUGAGGGCUAGGGCUAAUCCCCCUCAGAAAUGUACGGGAACUUGCAGGUGCCUUGGUGGAAGAGUGGGGUAACAUCUCACAGCAAGAACUGGCAAAUCUGGUGCAGUCCAUGAGGAGAUGCACUGCAGUACUUAAUGCAGCUGGUGGCCAGACCAGAUACUGACUAUUACUUUUGAUUUUGACCCCCCCUUUGUUCUGGGACACAUUAUUCUGUUUCUGUUAGUCACAUUUCUGUGGAACUUCUUCACUUUGUCUCAGUUGUUGAAUCUUAUUAUCAUACAAAUAUUUACGUUAAGUUUUCUGAAAAUAAACGCAUUUGACAGUGA